UUUACGAGCAAUCAGAAUUCGGAUUAACUCUCUCUCUCUCUCUCUCUCUCUCUCUCUCAUUUCACCUGUCCGGAAACUAGACGCGAAUCACGGAGAAGCUUCUUCCUUCAGCUCAACGAAGCAUACCGCCAUGAUUUGAUCCCCAAAUCCGCCGGCAUUAAUCGGACCCCCAGAACCAGAAUGGCGUGGUUCAGUGGGAAAGUGUCUUUGGGGAACUUUCCCGAUCUCGCCGGGGCCGUGAACAAGCUCCAGGAGAGCGUUAAGAACAUCGAGAAGAAUUUCGAUAGCGCCCUUGGGUUCGAAGACAGAGAGAAAGCCGAAUCCGGCAAUGAAGCUUCAGGAUUAUGGCCUUCAUCUACUGAAAGGAUUAUGUCCUUUAUGGGGCAACAAGAUGAGGAAAGUAAUGUUGAAUCAUCAGAGAAAGCCCGGUCUUCUGAGUUUCCACCUAAGGUUGACAAAUCACCUGGGGAAACUGAAUCUCUACAGAUAACAUCUACGGUUGAGGAGAAAGAAGGGGCCAAAGCUGAAACUUUGCAACAAUCUACAACUGAACAGAUGGCUGCUAAAGAGGAAAAUGAAGUUGUCAAGGAAGAAAAAGAUGAUAACCCUGCUACGGUUGUGGGGGAAACAAAGACUGUGAUAGCAGAGUCUGAAAAAUCUGAAUCUGAGUCUUCUUCAGUGCCAGUUGAACAACCUGAAUCGACUGUUAAGAAUGCUGGCCCAUCAGAUUCUGUUGAUUCUCAAGAACACAACACGAUUUCUAUGGCGGGACCCUCAGAAAAUUCAGAAUCAUCGCAGGAAAAGUCAGGAUCUGUUGAUGCGGAUCAAGUUGAGGAAGCUAGUACUGCUCUGCUUGGUGGGGCACAUGGUAUAGUCGAUGUGCAUGAGAAUUUGGAUGAACAUAGACCACAAGUAGAGAAGGAUGGACAUAUGACGCAGGUUGAAGAGAAUGUUGAUAUGAUUUCUCCAGUUGAAGCUGAGUCAUCGACUGAUAGUCAGCCUGGAGGUUUGGAUGAGCCCUCCGUCUCAACGGAGGAGAUUCACAAUGUUGGUAGAUCUUCUACUAAUCAACUACCCAAUGUGCAUCCUUCUGAUGAUGCAGUUUCUGAAUUGGCUUUGAAAGAGCAAAAUGCUGUUGUUGAGGAACCUGAAGUUGAUCAACGAGCUGAUGAUAAUGAAGCUGACGUUAAAGAGCAGAGCUCAGGAGAAAAUGCAUCUGGCUCUUCAGAUGCUUUGAUUGAAUUGGAGAAGGCAAAGAUGGAGACUAAAAUGAUGGAAGCUGCAUUGCUAGGAGCUGCAAGACAAGCUCAGGCAAAAGCUGAUGAGAUUGCAAAGUUUAUGAACGAAAAUGAGCAAUUAAAAACUGUGAUUGAGGAUUUGAAAAGAAAAUCCAGUGAUGCAGAAGUUGAGUCUCUGCGAGAGGAAUAUCAUCAAAGGGUUGCAACACUUGAAAGGAAGGUUUAUGCUCUUACUAAGGAAAGGGACACACUUAGGCGGGAACAGAAUAAGAAAAGUGACGCAGCUGCUCUUCUGAAGGAAAAAGAUGAAAUAAUUAAUCAAGUUAUGGCUGAAGGCGAAGAGCUUUCAAAAAAGCAGGCUGCUCAAGAAGCUCAGAUUAGGAAAUUAAGGGCUCAGAUCAGAGAGUUGGAAGAAGAGAAGAAAGGGUUGAGUACUAAACUUCAGGUAGAAGAGAAUAAAGUAGAGAGCAUUAAGAAGGACAAGACAGCAACAGAAAAGUUGCUGCAGGAAAGCAUUGAAAAGCACCAAACAGAACUUGCAUUACAGAAAGAGUAUUAUACUAAUGCUUUGGCUGCUGCCAAGGAGGCAGAAGCUAUGGCCGAGGCACGAGCCAACGAUGAAGCCAGAUCUGAACUAGAGAAGCGUCUAAAAGAGGCCGAGGAACGUGAGGCUUUGCUAGUUCAGGCACUUGAAGAGUUGCGGCAGACUCUAACUAGAAAGGAACAGCAGGCAGUAUUUAGAGAAGACAUGCUUCGCCGGGACAUUGAGGAUCUUCAAAAACGUUAUCAAGCAAGUGAGCGCCGAUGUGAGGAGUUGAUUACCCAAGUACCAGAAUCUACUAGGCCUCUUCUUAGGCAGAUUGAAGCUAUGCAGGAAACAACUUCAAGAAGAGCAGAAGCUUGGGCAGCUGUUGAGAGGUCUCUUAACUCUCGACUCCAGGAAGCAGAGGCCAAAGCUGCAGCUGCUGAGGAAAGAGAGCAAUCUGUUAAUGAGCGCUUGUCUCAAACCUUCUCUAGAAUUAAUGUUCUUGAGGCUCAGAUUUCAUGUCUUAGAGCUGAGCAAUCCCAGUUAAGUAAGUCUGUUGAAAAGGAGAGACAAAGAGCCGCUGAAAAUAGGCAGGAGUACCUUGCAGCAAAGGAGGAAGCUGACACUCAAGAAGGCUGUGCAAGCCAGCUUGAAGAAGAAAUUAGGGAACUCAGGCGAAAACAUAAGCAAGAUUUACAAGAUGCAUUGAUGCACAGGGAACUGCUACAGCAGGAGGUAGAAAGGGAGAAAGCUGCUAGGUUAGAGUUGGAAAAGACGGCUCGUGUCCGUUCUGCUACUGUAUCUGAUCAGACUACUAUAACAAGGCACAAUUCAGCUGUAGAGAAUGGAAGCUUGAGCCGAAAACUCUCAAGUGCUAGCAGCCUAGGGAGCAUGGAGGAAAGCUAUUUUCUGCAAGCAUCUUUAGACUCAUCCGAUGGUUUCUCUGAGAGGAGAAAUGCUGGAGAGGCAACCAUGAGUCCGUACUAUAUGAAGAGCAUGACACCUAGUGCUUUUGAAGCUUCUCUUCGUCAGAAGGAGGGUGAACUAGCAUCUUACAUGUCUCGUUUGGCAUCCAUGGAAUCUAUUCGUGAUUCUCUUGCUGAGGAGUUGGUCAAAAUGACAGAACAGUGUGAAAAGUUAAGGACAGAGGCUGUCAUGUUGCCUGGUAUGCGAGCAGAGCUAGAUGCACUAAGGAGACGGCACUCUGCUGCACUGGAGCUAAUGGGCGAACGCGAUGAGGAGCUGGAGGAACUUCGUGCGGAUAUUGUGGACUUGAAGGAGAUGUACAGAGAGCAAGUAAACUUGCUUGUCAACAAGAUCCAGAUAAUGAGCUCAUCCGUUGGAGCCUAAAAGGUACGUUAUAGCGCGUCUACUAAUUCAUGAUCUUCAUGGUCAUAUAUAAUGUAUACUGGGUAAAUGGGAAUUGUUUGUUCAAAGAUGUUGUACUCUCUGGUUCCGGGUGUCCUAAAACUUUGUUUUGGCCGAAGAGUUCGGUAGCAACUACCGAAAGCGUAAUACGCGCCCGCGCUUGUUAAACAUGUAUGUAAUUUGGGGGAAUUGUUGUAUAGCAUGAAUCCUGGUGUCAGAUUUUGCCAGGUUAUAAGGUCUCAAGUAUUUUGUUACUAUAUUUACCUUCAAAUAAUAUGAAUUCAGAUUUAUUUUUUCCC